CCAACCAAUCUGCUGUGUAUAGUGGUGCGGUUUCAUAGAGCUGUAGUCAAAAUGUUAUGCCUUACACUAGAUGUCAGUACUAGUGAAGACGCUAUGGAGUGAUGGUCAAGGAGUUAGUUGUGUGUGGAUAAGAGUUGUUGGUUCGACUCUCGGGGUCGGGGAGGAAGAAAAAUAUUAAAAAAUACUUCUACUUGAAAAUCACUGCAUAGCGUCUUCUUUUACAAAACAAUGAAACUGCAGAUGUGUGCAAUUUUGAAUAGGGACGAGCGGCUUUUGUUUACAUUCUUGUGUGGUCGUUAUAUAGGUGGUGGGAGUAAAAACUGCUGUCCAAUGAAAAAAAGUAUUCCACUGUAUGUGAAACCGGAGUGGAAAAAGUGAGGAGGUACGUUAGUUGGUAUCUGGUCUGGGUCGUGAGUGGUAGUGUGUAUUUCAGCAUGGCGCUUCCACCUACUAUUGAUCUGAGUAUGUUGAGUGAGUUGGAUGCAACUCGCUAUGUCUGGGGUGUUCUCCCUGAGCUUCAGCCAUCGUCAGCUGCUGAUGAAAUUGUAUCAACAAUUGGUAGUUGUGAUGUAUCAGAAAUGGUUUCCACUCCUUCAUAUCAAGAGGAGGUCGAAAUUCCGAGUCGGGCACAGAAAAAGCCUCGAGCACUCACGUCGAAGUCCGUUAAAGUGAGACCUGUGAAGCAUGUGAAAUCUCAGUGUGAUAUGAUAGAGCAGCUUCACGCACCCACAUGUCAAGAGGUGGCCAGAUCCCAAAGCUGCAAACAGCAGCAGACACCAAAAAAGUCUCAUCAAAAGCCUGUUAAAGUCAAAGCAGUGAAACGUGUUCAAGCCCAGCCUCGGAAACCUCGCUUGGCACCUGCUCCACGAACUUGUUUAGAAAGUUGUUUGCAUGUUAAAAAUUUUAUAAAGCAAUUAGUUGAAAUGAAGUGGCAAGCAUGUGUAGUUUGUAAUCCAAAACAAAAACGAAAUAAAUGAUUAAUUGAAUUCAAAAAAGAGGUAUUUUUGGGGGGAUGAAAUGCAAGAUACACAAACACAGUUUUUUGGUUAGUUUUCAAAAAUACAUUUUUUUAUUUAUUCAUUGUGAAUACAACAAACCACUAA